CUUCAGGCAACAGAAAAGAGAUGUCGCCCAGUAAUGGCUUCGAAGGUGUACCUAAGUGCUAUAUAUUUAAAAGCCGGUUACAAGAAUAUGCACAGAAGACAGGGAUUCCUACUCCUGUUUACGAGACUACAAAGGAAGGGCCUUCCCAUGAGCCUAGCUUCAGGUCCACAGUGAUUGUGAACGACGUCAAAUAUGAUUCUCUGCCUGGCUUUUUCAAUCGUAAGGCGGCGGAACAGUCAGCUGCAGAAAUUGCUCUUAUGGGAUUAGCUGAAUCGGGGAACUUGGGGGAAUGCAUCUCAAACCCAUUGCACGAAUCAGGUUUGUGCAAAAAUCUACUCCAGGAAUAUGCACAGAAGAUGAAUUACGCGAUUCCAUCAUAUGUGUGUGAAAGAGUUGAGACACCAGGAAAAGUGUCAUCAUUUACUUGCACUAUUGAGAUUGGGGGGAUUCAAUAUAUUGGAGCUGCAGCCAGAACAAAAAAGGAAGCUGAAAUCAAAGCAGCACGAACUGCUCUGUUAGCAAUCCAGGCACAUGCUGGAGGACCUGAAGUGCGGCCGACUGACAGCUCUCAGUACACAGUUGUCCCAUGCAAGAAAAAGGGUACCGAGUCAACUAACGCACAGCAAGAAACUACAAAAGCUCUCAAACCAAAGAAGACUGGUUUCAAGAAGAAAUGGAAGAAAUUCGGCAAAAACAAAGGCAAUGAAACAAAACUCAACCAAAAUGAGCAGGCAACUGAUAUUGCAGAAAGUGAAUCUGCUGGAAAGGCUGAAGAUACAACAAUGGAGAUGUUCGGGGAAGAUCAGGGAGUGCAGCACAUGGGAUCAAAACUUCAUCAAAAUGCUGAAUCUGGGUUCCAAGCCAAGGAUUCUGGAAUGCUGGUUGUGCAAGCAAAUCAGAAUUCUCAAAACCCAGAGUGUGGAGUAUCAGAUCCUACUAAUGGACACACUGAAAUCUUUGGUUUGCUGCCUGCGCAGAAUACAGCUGGAGUUCAAGUUGGGAAUUCAGGACCUCUGGUUGCAGAUGUAAUUGGUAAUUCUCAAGUUGCAGAGCCUAUGAACUUGAAUUUUAAGCAAAAUAGACAAGGAACCUCUAGCCUUGGAAUCCUACCAGCAGUCCAAUUAGAAGAUCUAAAGGCAUUUGUCACGGGAGGGCAUAGAGUCUCUGGAACUGGGCCAGCAACUUCAAUGGUGAUCAGUUUAAACACUGCAACGAAGGCACCAGUUGUCAUGGGUGUCAAUCCUUUAGCCAAAGAUAAUGGGAAUGGGCAGUAGAAUAUGAGCACAAGCAAAGAGUGGGAGUUCAAGUUCAGGUCCUCCAAGAUGAAUACAAACUAGCAGAGUUUUUGUUUAAUCGAAGCCAUUCCUGGUUGAGAUUAGUAUUUAUACUGAGAAGUCAAUGCAUUUAGAUCAGUAAAGUGAAAUAGAAAAUUUACACACACUUAUUUUAGAAACAACACCAUUAGGUCAUUUGUUUAAGUAGUUGGAAAUUAUGGGCCUCUACCUUGAGCUGUUUGAUGAUUUAAUUCCCCAUAUUCAGAUGUUUGCAGUUAAAAAACUCAUCUUGAUAUUUAUAUAGAGAUUAUUGUGA